AUGAUUGAUGCUACUCUGUAUUUUAAGUCGAUCGCUCAACAUUGUCUUCAAGUUCAUGUAUGGCAGUGCAGACUUAGCAAGCCAAUCGUGGUUCUUUUUAACGACGCACGUGGAAAUCGUGCUUCAUUCACAUUAUCAAACUUUUAUCGAAGUUUCGUGGCGACUUUUCUAAAGGAAGGGGACUUGUUCACCAGUGAAUUUAAUUCAAAACACAAUACAGGCAUUACUUUGAAAAAAUCGAGAUACAUCGAUUCUGCUGGACAAGCGAUU